UUCUCCCAUCUAGGGUUUCUGCUUUAACUCUCAAAAACCCGAUUGCUAUGCCAUUCACACUAUAAUCCGUAAUCCCUCAAAUCUCCCAACCAAAUUGUAUGGGCUCUCCCAUGGAGAUUUCCGUUCCAAACGCCGCAGACGUCAACGGCAACGCUUUAGCACCACCCCCGGCAUCACCUUCUCCUACUGUCCCCCAUGACAAAUUUCACGUUUCCGUUGAAGUUUGCUUAAAACCUUCAAGCACAGCAUGUCCUGACCAUGUCCGAAAAGCCGUUGAACAAAUGCUUGAAAAGAGGAGCGUGAGCUAUGUUGAUGGUCCUAUACCGGUGCCUAGUGAUGACCCAUUUCUCAUGGAAAAUGUUCAUAGAAUCCGUAUUUGUGACACGGAUGAAUGGGUGAAGAACCAUGAUAUUCUUUUGUUCUGGCAAGUGAAACUUGUUGUUCAUGUCUUUCAGCUUAGUGAGGAAGGACCAUGUGAAGAAUUAGGUGCAGAUGGCCAGUUGUCCAGCUUCAAUGAAUGGAUUCUUCCUGCUAAGGAAUUUGAUGGCAUGUGGGAAAGCUGAAUCUAUGACUCUGGCCUCAAGCAGAGGUUAUUGCGGUAUGCAGCCAGUGCAUUGCUUUUUACUGAAAAAGGUGUUGAUCCUUUCCUUGUGUCAUGGAACCGCAUUAUUCUAUUACGUGGACCCCCAGGGACAGGAAAGACAUUUUUAUAUAAAGCGCUGGCACAAAAACUAUCCAUUAGAUUCAGCUCUAGGUAUCCACUGUGCCAAUUGAUUGAAGUUAAUGCACAUUCUUUGUUUAGUAAAUGGUUCUCUGAAAGUGGCAAGUUGGUUGCAAAGCUUUUUCAAAAAAUUCAAGAAAUGGUAGAGGAAGAAAACAACCUGGUAUUUGUUUUAAUUGAUGAAGUUGAAAGUCUUGCUGCUACUAGAAAGGCUGCUUUGUCUGCUUCCGAGCCUUCAGAUUCCAUUGGGGUUGUAAAUGCGCUAUUAACUCAGAUGGAUAAGUUGAAAUCAUCUCCCAAUGUUAUAAUUUUGACUACGUCCAAUAUAACUGCUGCUAUUGACAUUGCAUUUGUUGAUCGAGCUGAUUUUAAAGCAUACGUGGGGCCUCCCUUUCAGGCUCGUUAUGAAAUUUUAAGGUCCUGCUUGCAGGAACUUAUUCGGACAGGAUUCAUAUCAAGCAUCCAGGGUUCAAGCCAAUCCAUCCUUCCAGAUUUUGUUACUUUGAAAAAGAAACUGAAUAUGCAUGAGGUUCAGGAGGUUCAAACAACACUUAAUCUAUGUAAACCAUUAUUAGAGGUUGCAGAAGCAUGUGAGGGAUUGAGUGAAAGAUCAUUAAGAAAACUUCCAUUUUUGGCGCAUGCAGCUCUGAACAACCCUUUUUGUUGUGACCCUAGUAAGUUUUUGUACACAAUGAUAGAGACAACUAGGACGGAGCGUUCUGAGCUACCUGACUGAAAUAAAGAAGUUUUAUGUUGGUGUAAAUCGGAUGUUUUUCAUGCUUGAUAUGUUAUAACAUUGCUUAAGUCUUCACUAAUGUUAUAACAAUGUGUAUAAAUCUUGGCAAGCAACGAGGCUAUGGGGUAGAGUCAGACACGAGAUUAUUAGUAAUAUCUGGUGAAAACAUGGGUUGAGGAUUCCUUUCUUGAGUGAAACAAGUUUUAUUCGCCCUAGCAAGGACAUUUCUAUAAAGAAAGUUCCUAUUAGAAGUGCAACAGCUCGUGUGUACUUGUCAGUGCUGACACCCGUUUCGAAAUGUUAGAUUUAACAUGUUUGACACAUCUGUAACCAAAGCAGAAAACCGUAAAUAUUUGAGGGGACUAGAUACAUUUUAUUCUAAUCCUGGUUAAAGCUGGCUAACGUACAUUUUUAUACAGAAUAAAUGUAUCUUUGAGCUAAAAUAACUGCACUUGCUCUGUAUAGAACCACUGAAUGUACUGCUCAACCUAAUUUAACCAGCCACAAUAACAGUUAAGAUGAAUACUGCAAAACCUUACAACUUGUCAAGCUUAAGUUCCCCAAAUAAGAUUCAGAGAAUUUUACUCAUGAGUCGAUGCUAAAUUAAACUUGCUUAGGUCGGUCUCUAAGUCAUCAGAACAGUCGUUGGGUUUUGUAGAGAAGUAAAAGGCUUGGAUGGGCGUUUAGUAAAUGAGAAGAGUGUGGUUGAAAGGAGAGAAGUGAAGAGAAGCGGGAGAAGGAAGAAGUUGAGCUGACUCCGGAGUGGAGAGGCGAGGAUUGCCUUGGACCGAUUCAUGAUGGUUGCUCUUUGGGGUUUGGAGUUGCAGGCAGGCAGCAUAAACAAAGGAUUCCAAGAGUUUAUGGCUUUGGGUUAGAAAACUGCUUUAGUCACUGCGUCUGUGAGGGAAGGUUUCCCAGUUAUUUUGGGCUGGACCCAGCCUAUCAAAUUUGGGCAGAGCCUUGUUCAAGUAAAUUGUU